AUGGGUCGGCCUAAUGCAAUCAGUGCGACUGACAGCUCAUGCCCUCAUCCUGAACGCCAGCCAUUCAUCUCGAUACUAGCACAGCUAUCUGAAAUCAUGCUGAAAUCGAAGAACGAUAUAUAUGGCCAGCAACAGAUAUCUCUACCAUCUUUGCGGAAGAGUGCUCAGAAUAUCUUCAGUGAUCUGCAAGGAUCAUGGCAGAAGAAUCGACAUGUGGAGGAAAAUAGCUCUCAGCUAGCUUUCCAGUCGGACUCAUGGCUUAGUUUAGCAUGUCGUGUUACUGUUAAAGCCGCUGUUCGCCUUAUAAGUUUUACGAAGAAUGCUUCCCGCAUCGACCCAGACGUGAGACUCAUAGAUCAAGCCAUGGGAUUCCUGUUGGCGUUGCCUCACGCUGACGUCGUCUCACGCAUGAUGUUGGUUAUCUCUCGGCUGCGACACAAAGUUGUGGAGCAGUUAGAAAUAACAGAGACAGGACCUCAUAUACCUCGUGAGGACUAUUUGCAGCCUCAGUACAGCAGGCAACUUGGAUUGCCUCCGCAGUCCACUCCAGUGGCAGCGUUUCAACCGGCAGUUGCGCCAAUACUCGAGUCAGACAUGAUCGGACGAUCCGACUUGGAAGACACAACUAACGGUCUGGCUGAAGAGAACAAUGGUGGCUUCAAUUUCGAUGUGCUUGCUGCGGAUUUUGGAAAUUUGUUUGAUUUUAGUACAAUGGACAUAAGCAGCAUGGAGGAUAUCUUAAACACGGAGACGGAUUGGCGCUACCGGAAUCAGUUCAAUUAUGAAUCAAGUGGCGUACAUUCAUGA